AUGCGGGAGGGGGCACGCAAGGCCACCGCAGACCCCUCGAGGAGGGCAGGUGUGGUGGGUCUGGCUGGAGCUCACGGUGGCUGGACGACCUGGAAGCCCUUAUGGAUGUGUGGCUAUGGUCUGUCUGACAGUACGGUGGGCAUCAUAGGUCUGGGGAGAAUAGGUAAGUGUGUGUCAGGUGCAAGAUCUCCAGCACGUUUUCAGUUGGUGCUUUUUUCGCUCAGAGUCGUUGGUCCCCAAGCAGAGGUGUGACCAGCGUUCCUCCACACAGUCCCACUCACGAGGCUGGCGGAAGAGUCGGACUUUGUUGUGGUGACGUGUGCUUUGACUCCGGCCACCCAGGGAAUGUGCAACAAGGACUUCUUCGCCAGAAUGAAGAAGACUGCCGUGUUCGUCAACACAAGCAGGGGGGCCGUGGUCAACCAGGAGGACCUGUACGAUGCGCUGACCCACGGCCAGAUCGCAGCAGCGGGCCUGGACGUCACGACACCGGAGCCGCUGCCCACUGACCACCCCCUGCUCUCCCUCAAGAACUGCGUGGUUCUGCCGCACAUCGGGAGUGCCACGUACGCCACGAGGAGCACCAUGGCUGUCCUGGCGGCCAACAACCUGCUGGCCGGGCUGCGAGGGGAGCCCAUGCCCCACGAGCUGCUGCUGUGA